AUGGCUGAAGAGCAAGAGGACUUUAGCAAACUGCCCUUGGCCGACCGCUUCGUCCACAAAAACUGGAAGGUGCGCAAGGAGGGUUACGAAGCUGCCACAAAAGAAUUCAAGACGGCGCAACCAUCCGACCNNCCCCUCGUCAAGGACUUCAUAGCCGACUCGAACAUCUGGAAGGGUGCUGUCGCCGACUCAAACGUUGCUGCUCAAGCUGAAGGUCUCAAUGCUCUGAAUGCUUUCCUUGAAAUUGCAGGCAAACCUGGCUGUACUCGGUGCGCUACUCUCCUACACUCGCUUGCCCCGUCUUGCCUAGCCCAGCUAACACACACUCCUCAGCNNACUCGCACAUCUACAAUCCAACCCAUUGUCGAAAAGGGUGUGACCGGUCGUCCCGCCGCAAAAGCUGCUGCCAUCGAAGCCCUCCUUCUCUACAUCGAACUCGAUAUAGCCGACCCUGUCAUCGAGGAGCUCAUUCCCCUGCUUUCUGCCAAAACUCCCAAGGUCAUCGUCGCUGCACUACAAUCUCUGACCGCCAUCUACCACGCAUACGGCUGCAAGACAGUUGAACCCAAGCCCGUCAUCAAGCUCCUACCUAAAGUCUAUGGCCACGCAGACAAGAAUGUGCGCGCCGAAGCACAAAACCUUACAGUCGAACUCUACCGAUGGUUGAAGGAAGCAAUGAAGCCCCUAUUCUGGGGUGAGCUCAAGCCCGUUCAACAAACGGACCUAGAUAAACUCUUCGAGAAGGUCAAGGACGACAAACCGACACAAGAGAGACUACUCAGAUCUCAACAAGCCGCGCAAGAGGCCGCAGAGGAGGCAGGUGACGCUGGAGCUGAAGCCGCUGAAGAAGAGGAAGAAGACGGCGCAAUCGAUCUGGAGCCUGAAUUCGAAGCUGUCGAUGUCAUGUCAAAGGUACCGGCUGACUUCAGCGAACGUCUAAACUCGUCAAAAUGGAAGGACCGUAAGGAGGCUCUUGAUGAGCUCUUCACCGCCGCCAAUCAACCCGCUAUUCAGGAAGGUCCAUUUGACGAUGUUAUGCGUGGUCUUGCAAAGAGCAUGAAGGAUGCCAACGUGGCUUGCGUCACUGUGGCUGCAAACUGUGUUGAAGUGCUCGCUAAGGGUUUGAAGAAGAGUUUCUCGAGAUAUCGUUCCACCAUCAUGUCGCCUAUGCUCGAGCGUCUCAAGGAGAAGAAGCAGUCCGUUACUGACGCUCUUGCUGCCGCUUGCGACGCCGUCGUUUCAGCUACUGGUUUGACCGAUAACCUUGAGGAGAUGCUGGAAGCUUUCAAGCACAAGACUCCUCAAGUCAAGCUUGAAUCUGCCCGUGUGCUUGUGCGCUGUCUGAAGAACCUCAGAGAGGUACCACCACCCGCUGAGCUCAAAUCCAUGGCCGACGCUGCCAAAACUCUGCUAGCAGACUCUCAAGCACCACCUAGAGAAGCAGCGGCUGAAAUCCUUGGAACUCUGUGGAAGAUCAUGACUGAUCGCAACAUGCUUCNNCCUCACCUCGACGGCAUUGACGAUAUCAAGAAGAACAAGAUCAAGGAGUACUGUGAUAAUGCAGAAGUCAAGGUCAAGUGGAAGCCUAAGGCUGCUNCCACCCCUAAACCUGCUGCACCUGCUGCAAAAAAGCCCGCUCCAGGAAGACGUCCUGCGCCAGCCGUCAAGAAGGCUGCACCUGCGCCAGUCAGACCUGCUACACCCGAGGAACCUCCAGCUGCUGCACCAUUGGCCGCUCGCCCAACUAGCAGACCCGGAGUCAAGCCUGGCCUCAAAUCUGGACUUGCAGCACCUGGGUCAAAGAUGAGGAAGCCUGGUCUAGCUCCACCAGCCGCUUCGCCCCGAAGAGUGCCUUCUGAAGAUGUUGAAAUGCUAGACGACCCGCCGACACCUGCUCCUGCACCUCGUUCUGGGCUCGCAGCACCUCGUAGUCUGGCCGCCAGACCGCUAGGCAAGCCAGCCAACUCAUUCAACCAGAGCACAAACGAGCCCCCACAGGAAUACGCUCCACCUCCACAGGCAGCUCCAUCAGUCCUGAGCUUAGCAGAAAGAUCAGAGCUUUCGGACCUGCGUUCAGAAGCCGAAUAUCUCCGUUCUCAAAAUAGCGAACUGAGAACGGACAAGAUGAGGCUCAACAGCCAGAUCCACGAACUCCAAAACCAGAACGCACAACUUAUUGAGGACCAUACUCGCGAUGUGCUGGGCAUCAAGGCUAAGGAGACUCAAUUAGUUCGCGCGCGAAGUGACGCUGAAGCUGCUGAGGAACGCGCAGCUAGUCUCGCACGCGAAGUUGACAGACUGAAGCGUGAAGUGGCUCGCUUGGGGCGUGUGGAACGCGACCACAACCAAGAUACUGAGAUGCACAACAGUGGCUACUCUGAUAGCAAUGGUGCCAACGGAAUGAGACACUACGACACACCCAUGGGUGGCAUGGGCCCACCUCGACCUCAGUUCGGGCGUCCGGGCGGCGGCAUGUCAUAUUCAUCAUCUCGAUCUCGAGAGCCCAGCGGCGAGACAAAGGAGCACAUCAACGCAGCAGCAGGCAUCGAACGCAUCACAAGUCCCGUGAGUGGAUUCAGAAGUUCCAAUGCGCCAUCGAUGGAUCACUCAAGCAGCGGCCGCGCUAGUCCCGCGGUUUCUGGCUUACAACGCAGCACCAGUGGUAGCAGACCUGGUAGUAACAUGGAUCAAAGCUAUGGAGCAGGUCUGGGCGCAGAGUCUGGUAUGCAGCGAUCCUCCGUAUCCAGAACACAAAGCGGUGAAGGCGCAACGGGUGGUGUUGAGAGUUGGCGACGUGCUGCUGAGGUGACACAAAACCUCAAGGCCAGGAUCGAAAUGAUGAAGGCAAGUUCAUGUCUCUGA